AGCAGAUCCACUUCCACCGCUGUCGGCUGGAGAAAGUUUUUAGCAGCAGUGCAGAAUGACGGUGGACGUUGUUUUCCAGCUUGCUGUUGGAGAGCAUGUUGGAGAGCAUGUUGAAGAGCAUGUUGGAGAGCAUGUUGGAGAGCAUGUGGGAGUGAAGCUGCGCAGCCUGUCUGUGUGAUGGCAAUGAUCACUGCUCAGUCUUCAUUCAUUGAUAACCUGUCGCACCUUUUUUUUUAUUAUUAUUAUUAUUUUUUUUUUAAUUUAAGGAACAGCUUCUGCACUGGGCUCUUCUGAUUAAACAAGAGAUCAAAAAUGGACGGAGAGCUGAACAUCACCCUUGUGGAUGAGAACUGGACUUUGCCCAACGUGUCCAGAGAAUACACCACACGCCGGAGCAACAUCACAUAUGUUGGAUUUUACCUGCACCAGCCAUCAGUAGCAGCUAUCUUCAUAGUUUCCUACUUGCUCAUUUUCUUGGUCUGCAUGGUUGGCAAUGGAGUUGUGUGCUUCAUUGUCUUAAGGAGCAAGAACAUGCGUACUGUCACUAACCUGUUUAUUCUCAACCUGGCUGUCAGUGACCUCCUCGUUGGGAUUUUUUGCAUGCCAACAACUCUUCUUGACAACAUCAUUACAGGUUGGCCAUUUGGAAGCAUGGUUUGCAAAGUGAGUGGUAUGGUCCAGGGCAUAUCUGUCUCUGCCUCUGUCUUUACUCUGGUUGCUAUUGCGGUUGACAGAUUCAGAUGCAUUGUUUACCCCUUCAAGCAAAAACUGACAAUAUCGACUGCCACACUCAUCAUUGUAAUCAUCUGGGUCUUGGCCAUAUCAAUCAUGUGCCCCUCUGGAGUCAUGCUUCAAGUGACCAAAGAGCAAACCAUUCGUGUCUUUCUUGGGGAUGGCAACAGGACAAGUCCUUUCUACUGGUGUCGAGAAAACUGGCCAAAUCAAGAGAUGAGAAAGAUAUAUACCACUGUUUUAUUUGCCAACAUAUACCUGGCCCCUCUGUCCCUAAUAGUGAUCAUGUAUGUGAGGAUUGGGAUCACUCUGUUCAAAACUGCUGUGCCAACAGGUGGAAAACCUGGCCAUGACAACCGCCACACUGUAUCCAAGAAGAAACAGAGAGUCAUAAAAAUGCUUCUUGUUGUGGCCUUCCUCUUCAUCUUGUCCUGGUUGCCUUUGUGGACACUGAUGAUGCUUACUGAUUAUGCCAGGCUUACAGAGAACCAGUAUAGGCUCAUUAAUAUCUACAUUUAUCCUUUUGCCCACUGGCUAGCCUUCUUCAACAGCAGUGUCAACCCUAUAAUUUAUGGUUUCUUCAAUGAGAAUUUCCGGCGUGGAUUUCAAGCAAUUUUUAAGCUCAACCUGUGCUCAGUGGGCUGCCAUCGAAGGAAGACCUACUCACAUAGAAUGCAGAGUAACUCUGUGUUGCCAGCUAACCCUCAGCCCUCUACUGAGCCUAUCUCAUUGAACAGUGUGGACAACCCCAGGGUCAACCAUGUGAAUGAGCAAGACUUAGUCAUGGAGGACCUGGAAAAAGUAUCUGAAAGCAGUAUGGGGGGAGCUUCUCUCUAAAGGAAGUGAAGAAAUGGAGUAAAGGCAGCCCAGUGGGGAGGUGGUUGCUUUCAGUUUUCAUUAUAUACGUAGUGUAAUAUAAUGUAAAGUAUCUAGCCAUUUGGUAUGUAUAUUGUUUUAUAUCCAUUUAACCGGUAUUCCUAUUUAAGGGUAAAAUCUGUUUGCGAAUAUUAAAUUGACACUUGUACAGAGCUCCUCAAAAUCAAAAAGCCAAGAUGCUACAGUUUUGCGUUUGUGUUUGUAUAAUACAGUUCCACAAAGACAUGACAAAGUAAUCUAAUCUUGCUGAGCUUUGCCACCAAACCCAAAUAGCUAAGAAAGUACAGCGAAACCACAACAGGAGAUAAAUGCCUAAAGUCAUUGGAAAAAAAUUAACAGAAUAAAUAUUUUGAGAAUGAAGAUGUUGGCCAUCAAUGCCAAUUAGGAAUAUUUUUAUGUAUGGAACAAUGCAGGACGUCUCUUGCAUUAGCAAGUCUACAGGAUGCUCUGAGAACUAAGGAGGGACGGAUUAAUACUAAUGCAUUGUUUCGACAUUUUCUUUUAAAAAUCUAUCCUAAUAUAAGAAUAUUCAUACUGUGUGUUUUCUGUAAUCAAACAGUGUGACCCUGAGAAAUAAAAUGUUGUAGGACCUAACAUGUGCAGGAUAGGAACUACAUCUCAUAGCCAUUUCAUACAUGCCACAUGCCAAAUCAAGCAUUCUCAUAAAAGACAGAAUUGAGAGGUAAAUAUCCUAGCUUAAAUAGCUCUUACAUAAUCCUUGGUUGCAGUUUUAUUUAUUACAGAUCUGCUUAAAAUUAUAUAUGACACUGGCUUUAUGUAACUUGAUGAGCCUCAUGUAGGCAGGUUGUUUAAUUAUUUAUAAUGCUGUUGAUUUAAUUUUUUGAUUUGUUAUCCCCUUUUAACUGGCCUCUGAAAAAAAAAUCUCAUAUAAAUUAAGUGCUGAAUAUCCACUUAAGUAAAAUAUCUACAUUCAGCAAAAAAGUAGUAAAUAAUAGCUUAUGUUAUGCUAAAUUCAUAUGUUUAUGUUAAAUUCAUUAAAUAGAAAACCAUUACAAACUUAAUUUAUUGUAAUAACAUGGACAUUAUAUCAGUAUGUAAAUCUGCUGUCUGUGAGCUGCUGUGAUAAGUGAAUUUCCCCACUGUGGGAUCAAUAAAGUUUCUUAUCUUAUCUUAUCUUAUCUUUAAUUCCAUAAUAAUAAAAGGCCGGCAUCACUUUUUUAGAGAGUGUUGAUUAUAUAAUAAUAUAAAAAAUUGCCAUUGUUACUUCAGGGUAUCAGGGGAUAACUUGUACUCUCAGAAUACAGAUAUGUAUUUUACUGAGUUUAUUAAAUCUAUUUUUUUUUUCAGGCACUCAACCAUAAAGUUAUUUGAACUAAUAUAUUUAUUGUAUGGUAUUUUGAGCUGUGUGUUGUGCUGUGAACUAGCACAUCAACUAUUCAUGAACCAUGAUAUAAAUUCAGUAUUUUUAAUGUGAUGUUUGUCCACAAGGAUGGAUGGAAGGAUAUGUUUAAUUUAUGGAAUGCCUUGCCUGAAACAGACAACCAGACAUCAACGAAAACAAACAUUUACUGCAUUACCACAUUUACAACACAACCGCUUAUAACACAAACUAACAGAAACUAACAUUUACAAGCAAAAUUAACAUAACAACACCAAAACCUCCAACACCAAAACAAUAGAAGGAAAAACAUGAGAGAACAAGGGUUUCAGAGUUUUGGUGCUAAGACACAAGACCUCAACUAAUGGAUAAUCUAAACUUGGAGACCGCUAGGAACCCAGUAUGAGAGAACCUCAGUGUACAAAUGGAGUGUAGGGAUAAGACCAUAUAAAAGUUAGUAAAAGUUUGUAUUCAAUAUAGGCUAAACCAGUAGCUAGUGUAGCUAAUAUGGAAUCAGAGUAAUGUAAUUAGAUGUUGCUGUACGGGUGAGAAUUUUGGCAAGUGAAUUAUGUAUAUAUUUCAAAGCAUAUGUUUCAAAGCUGCUGAAAUGUUUUAGCUGGUUGUGGAAGAUCAACAAAAUGGGAGUUAUCAGCAAAAAUUGCUUUAUAUCCAUCAAAUUGCAGAGGUGAGAAAUACUGCGAAAACAGGGGGGAAAAAAAGAAAAAAGUGUUCUAGUUUGGUGGUGAGUGUUCUAAUUUGAAAGUCAAAAGCUUGAAAGCAAGGAAAGGAGUUCAAAGUUAUGCCAAGGUUACACACCACAGGGAAGGGAUGGAUAAUCACCCAAUCAAUGAUAAUGACGAAGUCUAGACAUUUAGAAAUGAAGGAGUUGGGCUGAUUUUUGUUUGCUGCUGGCAAAUGAUGUCCGUUAGUGAGAUACAGCUGUGAGAGACAGAAAGAACUGAUUAUGCAGCCUGUGAAGCUUAUUGGAGUGUUUCCCGUAAGUUUUAUUAUUUACUUGUAUGUAUGCGAGUAUAUAAGGAUGUGAGGAAGUGGAAAACAAAACCUAUAUGAAUAAAGAAUAAGCCCAUAUGGGAUACAAAUAGUUUUUCUGCAACUAUCCUUACUGUUAACUCCAUAACUGACUGCACUAACCUUAGAAAGACUAAGGUCUGUAAACAUCAUUAGAAAACAAACAAAACAAUGAUGUUCCUUCUAAAGUAAGGCUGGUGUGUAAUUAAUCACAAUACUGUAGUAAGGGGGAAAAUAACUAACUAAUAAAUAAAUAAAUAGUUAGACUCUUUGUAUCAUCUCCUCAACAACAUCAGGACAUACAUAGUGUAUUUUUAAUAUAUAAAUUACAUAAUAAAUAUAAAUGUUAUAAAUAAAAUUGGUCAUUGUUUUUGUGGAUUGUUAAGAACACAUCAUGAGCAGUUUGUUUAUGCUCUAGAAGCAUUUUUAACUGUUUAUAAAAUGGUACUAAAUAUGUAAAAUCAUGAAUAACUGUAAACACUUACAUAAUAACUGCUAAGGUUGUAUUUCUGUAAGGUGGGAGGACACUGUUUUACCUAUCAUACAGAACAGUGGAUAAUUCUUUAUCUUUUGUAUUUUUAUAUCAAUUUUAGAUGUUAAAUAUUAGAAAUGCAUUGUGUUAUAAUGUUAAAAUGGCUCAUGAAUGUUCAUGUAACCAUGUUAUUAUAACAUUGUAUUUCAUCAUGAAAAAAGUUUGGUUUUGAAUGUACAAAGUUAAUACAUGGUAUAUUCAUUCCCUGACCUAGAUAUGAAGGAGUGAAGAGAUUUUUCUUUCCCGUUGUACUUUAAAGUACUGUUUGUGCUAUAGGUACAUGCUUUACUGUGGGAAUAAAUACUGUGACAAGACUUGACAUGGCAUAUCACUUACUCCGUACUCAGAGUUUAGUUACGACAUACCUCAGACAUAAGCACUUUUCAGAAGUUGUACGAGAGUUACACCUACGGGGUGGAGUUUGUGUAAUACAGAGACAUGGCUCAGUUGCGUGUGAUUCUGAACUUGGUAUUAAGUGAGGCAUUGAUAUAUUUCAGUUCAUAUUGUGGUUAUAUGUUUUGGGUAUUUUAAAUAAACUCAAAAAACUAUGUAUUUUGAUUUGACUCCAGUAUUAAAUAUAUAAAUAUGACACUAUUAUUUAUUUAAUCAUAUUGCUCCAUUUUUCAAACAGAGGACACUGGAGGAGACAGUGACUGAUUUUGAGACACUGCUUAUUUUGAGGAGUGAUUUUUUUAUCAUUUUGUAUGUUUUUUUUUUAACAACACUUAAAGUGAACAUUAACAGAAAUGUUGGCAUUUUUAGUUUAAUUUGGCUAAAUAUACUAAAUUAAAACCAUGAUAAAAUAGUCUACAUUCUGCACACACUACGAUUUCGUGGCCUCUGUCUCAUGGCAUCAUUCCUAUCCCUAAUUUUUUUUUUCAGGCUUAAAGGCAUGUGCUUGUGUUUAAAGGCAGUGGUCUAGAUGCUACUGAAAAACUCAGUCUCAGAGUCUUCUAUUCAAGAAAAUUCUGGCAACCUCAGAGGCGUGAACUACAUGCAGGUAAUUUGCAUAAUAUGAAUAACUUUCUCUGCGUAAAUAAUUUUUGAACUUAAGUCACAAACUUUGAAUACAGUCCUUAUUGACUGUGAAUUCUUAGUUUUAUGUAUCAAGGAGCUAUCAAUGUACUGUAUAUUGUAUUUGCUAGAUGUACUGGACUCAAAUCCUCAAACUGCUCAAAGCACAGUAUAAAAUAAAUAAACCUACUUAAUGGAGCUAAUACGUAACUAUGAUUUUUGAAAAACGUACUAAAUAAAUCAGUAUGAGUAUGUUCACGCAGUGCUUUCACCAGCAACCUGAUGAGAGAGGGGUAAUUUUGCAAAAUAUAUAGCCUGUUGAGCUGUCAGUCAUUUUUUAUAGCCUAGUGCUAUAAUAUUACUUUUAACGUGGACAAAUAUGAUUCUUAAAAUUACUGUGAGUCAGUGCGACAUACCAAUCAAAGAAAAUGAUAAAGUCCAUCUUUUUGUGAGAUAUGGAUAUUAAAGAGUCUGAAUAAAUAUCUUCAUGGAGUUUGAAAAUAGUUUUUUAAUCACAGUCCUGCAAUGUUCAUAUGAAUGCAGAGUGAUCUGAGGCCCUGUUUUUUUGGGCUUCCAGUCAGUAUUCUGCCUGUGAAAUGAGUUGUAUUGUAUUGUUGAAAUCAAAUGUAAAAUGUUAUCUUUGUGAACCACCAUCAUAAGGAUUUAUCAGAAGUUGUUAAAUGUAUUUCCAAGUUCAUAUUCAGUUUAUGUGACUUCACCGCAUGGGCUCUUAAAAUUUGAAUUAAGAAUUAAAUUGGUAAUACUGAUACUGUGUUUGUGUACGGAAAUACUUGGAAAAUGAUAUGAAGCAAAUAAAACCAAA